CAUGACAGUCGUUCUUUUUCCGGUCAGAUCCUCAGGUGGAAGGACGUUAGUUAUUCUAAGUUAGAGUACAGUUUUCUCCAUCUUCCAACAAAAUGAAAAUCUGGAAGGACAUUUUCACCGGUGACGAGAUGUUCUCGGACACCUACAAAGUCAAGCUUGUCGACGAUGUCAUUUACGAGGUCUACGGAAAGCAUGUUUCCCGCACCCUGGGCGACGUGCAGCUGGAUGGUGCUAACCCGUCCGCCGAGGAAGCCGACGAAGGAACCGAUGCCGCCACCGAAAGCGGCGUCGACAUCGUGCUGAAUCACCGUCUCGUCGAGACCGGAUUUGCCGACAAGAAACAGUUCACCACCUACCUGAAGGACUACAUGAAGAAACUCGUCACCCGACUGGAGGAAAAGGCGCCCAGCGAGGUCGAGGUCUUCAAAACGAACAUCAACAAAGUAAUGAAGGAUCUGCUCGGUCGCUUCAAGGACCUUCAGUUCUUCACCGGUGAAUCGAUGGACUGUGAAGGUUUGAUCGCUAUGCUCGAGUACCGUGAUAUCGACGGAGAAUCCAUUCCUGUGCUGCUCUGCUUCAAGCACGGUCUGGAGGAGGAGAAGUUCUAAAUCAGGAUGGUGGGAUUGACUGGUGUCGAGUUAGAUUGGCAUUUUUCUACUUUUGAUUUAGCUUUCAUAGAACGACACUACAAAACAAGACUAAUAAUGACUACGAGGGUAUUUAUUGCGAAUAAAAUCAGGAAAUUUUUGAGAUGUUAGACUAUCCAGUAAGCAGCAGAGUUCUGUCAGGAGAGAGUUAUUCAAGAUUUGAUCAGGGUUAAAAAUGCAUUUCGAUUUCCAAUUUCACCGCCAGACACAAAUAUUCGAUCGGUUUGAUGCGUUCUAUACAAUCAUCUAUAAUUGUGCGUAAAGUCUGUGUAAUACUCGCCCAAACUAUCUUCAACUUUGUUAUGUUAUCAUUAUCUCAGCAAACUCGACCGCUACGACGUUCUCGUUCCUUUCCCAUACAGACCGGGCGAGCAUAUGUGAGUUACUUAGGUCACAAAGGAAUGUUCAUGGUUUAGAUUAGCACGGUACAGGCGGACAUCUAACAUCUUUGUCGCAUUAAAAGAACACACCAGAGUUGGCAUCAUGACUUCUUGGAAGGUGGAGAAAAUAUAAACGAUUAGCUGCUCCAAUAAGAUUUAACAUUUCUUUGCAAAAAAAAAUCGAAAUUGGAAAAUAACAUCAAAUAAAGAAUAAUCGUGAAACAUCAA